UGUGUAGCAAAAUAGGAAAAAAAAUCCGUGGCUACGCAGAAAAAUUUGUAAAUAUGGUAACUCUGUAGUCGACAGAACACUGCAGUAAGCAACCAUCUUUUUUGACAUCCACAGGUUUCGAACGAAUUUCAACCAGCUGGAAAAUCAACCAUUUUUUUGAAGGUGCAUUAUGUUCAAGUCUGUGGUUCCAGUCCUUGGCCAAGUGCCAACGGUGGUAUGCUCUUCUCAGCAGAAAUGCGGAAUGGCUACACUGAAGGCUAUUUCGAUUCGCCUUAAGUCAGUCAAGAACAUCCAAAAGAUUACCCAGUCGAUGAAAAUGGUGUCCGCCGCGAAGUACUCGCGUGCCGAGCGUGAUUUGAAACAGGCCAGACCUUAUGGUGUUGGUGCGCAGCAAUUUUACGAAAAAGCGGAAGUUGCCGUAAAGGACGAAGAACCUAAGAAGCUGUACAUCGCAAUCACUUCUGACAGAGGUCUCUGUGGUGCCGUUCAUACCGGUGUUGCUCGCCAUAUCCGUGGUGAACUAGCCCAGGAUUCAAACAUCAAGGUCAUUUGUGUAGGUGACAAAUCGCGUGCCAUCUUACAGCGCUUGUACGGAAAGAACAUUGAAAUGGUGUGCAAUGAAAUCGGUCGUUUACCACCAACCUUCCUCGAUGCUGCCAAGUUGACGAACGCCAUUCUGAAUCUAGGAUACGAUUACACCGACGGUAAAAUUAUUUACAAUAAGUUCAAGUCUGUCGUGUCUUAUGCGGUAGCCGACAUGCCUAUCUUCAGUUUGAAGACCGUCGAGAAAGCCGAAAAACUGCCAGUUUACGAUUCCUUGGACUCGGACGUCAUACAAAAUUAUCUGGAGUUUUCACUAGCUUCGCUACUGUUCUACGCCAUGAAGGAAGGUGCUUGUUCUGAGCAGUCAUCGCGUAUGACAGCUAUGGAUAACGCAUCUAAGAAUGCUGGCGAAAUGAUUGAUAAACUGACUCUAACUUUCAACAGAACUAGACAAGCUGUCAUUACCCGUGAGCUGAUUGAAAUUAUUUCUGGUGCUUCAGCUCUAGAAAGCAAAGACUAAAUAACAGUUUUGUGAAUGUAAAACAUUUGGUACUCUCCCUACAGUGAAAGCAUUAUGCAUGAGUACAUAUAAACGUCAGUACAGUUCAAUACGUCAACACUUGAAAGGGUUAAAUAGUUUACAAAAUCACGUUUAAUGGCGAAA